AUGCAGUCCACGGUCGGCAGGAAGGCCCCCGGGGGCCGCACUGACUUUGUUAUGUAUGCCGAUGUCGUUUUCGUCACCUACACCCGCAGUCGGGUCCACGACAAGGAGGAGUUCCAUCGAUGUCUGAGGCACUCCGUAGCCGACAGCCUGUCUCGUGUGAAGGCUACGAGCAAGGUAACGGUCGACGUCUUUGGCAGCAGGGAGCUGCACGAGGACGGCACGCCUCACUACCACGUGGUCUUGAGGUUCUCGAAGAGGGUCUACUGGCCGAGGGCAAGGCUUAGUCUCUCCGUCUGGAUUCUUGUCGGUGACAAGAGGGUCGUUGAUACGCACUCAAUCAACAUCAAGAAGAAGCGGCACGGCGAGUCGGUCGCCGAGUUCCUCUACAGUGUGCAGACAUAUGUCGCCAAGGGUGGCGAUGUCUUUGGCAACUGGAUCGGUGGACGGACAGUAUUGGCUUCCGGCUUCGGUCCGGGCCCUGCACUUGUCUCCGGGGGGGGAAUGGGUGGGCAAUGA